AUGUCAUCAGCAAUCGAAACGAUCAAAGAAACCGAAUUGCGUGAGAUUUUUCGAGAUUUUGACAAAAAUGGAGAUGGAAGAAUAACUUGCGAAGAGUUGGAGAUGGCAUUGUUGAAAUUGGGUGAAAUGCCAUCAAACACGAAAAUCGGACAACUCAUUCAACAGGCUGACACGGAUGGCAAUGGAGUGAUCGAUAUCGACGAAUUUUUGUCGGUUUGGCGUCGACAAAUGGCUGAACCGAAUGAGCAAAGAGAAUUGGCUGAUGUGUUUAGUGCGUUUGAUGUGGAUGGAGAUGGAUUGAUAUCAGAGGAUGAUCUCAAUCAGUUAUUUCUUUCGCUUGGCCGACCAAUUCAGGGAAUCGAUCUCGCUCAAAUGCUUAUUUUAGCUGAUCUCGAUAAUGAUGGACAAGUUGAUUUUCAAGAAUUUUGUACUUAUAUGAAGCAAAGAAGU